CCCCUCCUCCUUCCACUUUGCUGGCACCGUCAGUUAAGUUCUCGCACGCCUCUUCUCUGUGGAUCUCCGCACUCCACAGUGGACUCGACACGCCCCCUACGUCCAUUCAGGUGGCGCUCAACAUCCCAUCGCCAUGGCCGCCACAGAGCAAGGUAAAAAGGUUUCUGUGCUUUAAAGUUGCCUCUGGCCCCCAGACAGUCCCAUAUCCUUCCUCAUCGACUGUCAUUUCACCCGUUAGUUUGGCCAAACUUUUACCGCGUGCAAAUACGUAUUUUUUAUCAUCACUUCACAAAAUUUUAUGCUUUCAUCGACCCUUCUAGCUAUUUAAUCCUACAGGCUCCCGCUAUCUCUCAUUUUUCUGCCUCCUGUCGCCAAGCCUGGACAACUUCGAACGCACAUUCAACCAAACCCUUUCACACCACAAUUCCGCAGACAUGGCUUGUCAUCGCCGUGGCCCCUGGUCCAAUGCCGAGGACGCAUAUCUCAUGCAGCUUGUUCAAACUCACGGCCCCCUCAAUUGGGUCCGCAUCGCACAAACACUAGGCUCUCGCACACCAAAGCAAUGCCGAGAGCGGUAUCAUCAGAACCUCAAGCCUACGCUCAACCAUGACCCCAUCACACCCGAAGAGGGAGUUCAAAUUGAGCGCUUGGUUGACGAGCUAGGCAAGCGCUGGGCGGAAAUUGCCCGCCGUCUUCACGGUCGCAGUGACAAUGCCGUCAAGAACUGGUGGAAUGGCAGCCAAAACCGUCGCAAGCGUAUGGACCGUCGACGAACUGUGCACGGCGUUCACACAUACGACAGCAUGGAUUCGUAUCACCACGCUGGUCCCUUGCCUAGACUCGGUUAUCCCUCAUCACCAGUCGAUCGUCGCCAUCAACUCUCCUGGUCCGAGGCUACGUUACCAUCACCAUCCGCAUCAGAAUCGCCAGAGUGCGAGCCGUCCAACUAUACCACUUCUCCUGCCAGACUCCCAGGCCCCCCUAUGCAGGCUGUCGAGUUACCUCCUCUCCGCGCUUGGCCGACCUCCUCCUCCAGUAAUGACUCCGCUCUACCUAGCCUAAGCUCAUUAGCAAGCUCAGCUCAGAGAAUGGGCCCUACCGGGCAAAUGCCGCUGGCCCCCAGAGCACAGCUUCCUACGGCACCAAAUUCGCCAAUUCAACACGGCCAGGAUGGCAAAGAGAGAGAUUCCAGAAUGAAUGUAUCUGCUCUGCUCGGAUAGUUGGUUCUGCUUUGACAGCAGCUCCGACAACGAAAAAGAAAUUCACGUUUAAAAUGAAGAGAUGGAAAGUCAUAUUUCAUCCACUGUAUAACUAUGAUACAACAAUGAUACCCGCAACACGCUUUUUUAGAGGUGUUUGCUUCGGCCCGUCUCACAGGAGCGGCAGUUUUACUAGAACCUAAUUAAUGAAGACAUUGGAAAAUUUAAACUUAUUGGCCUAUUAUGAAAGUAUUUAACUACUGCGUUCUAGACACAUCAAAGAUAUUUAUCCUACCCUUCGUCAAUAGGAAUACAUUUUAAAAAAAAAUGGUUACAUAUCGGCUAUAUUCUCACUAAAUCGAUGCCAUGUCUGUGCCAUGAGCAGCUCUCAUCGGUCUCGACUGACAGUGGAUGCCUUAUCUUACGUCAACGGCGCCAGGGCGGACAAGACAACCCUAGCUCUCCGGAACACUCGUUUGGCCACCGUUAUUUGCAUUGAAGAGCACUUCGUCUCGUCCAAUACCCUUAAGUGCAGCACUUCGGCGACUGAGUGAGCCGCCCCACCAUAGACCACUGAGAUUAAGUUGGGACGGCGAAACUUGGCCAGUGUCUCUGGCCAUUCCAAAUACUCUAGCUCAAAGGCGCGCCAUGGCUGAAGCCCCGCUGGCCUAUGCCAACCACAACAGAACGACACUAGGUACCCACAGGCAGAAAAUACCUACCUCCAUACCAGUUCCAAUAUGUGAUGAAAUGUAUCCAGUAAAUAUUUCGACUUCCGACGAACUUCGGUCGGGCCGGUGCCGGCACAGUUCCACAGGCCCGACGUUGUGUCCCAGAUGAAUCUCGAUUGGAACUUCGCCGUUUUUCUUUCUUUUGUUUUUUUAUUAUUUUAUUUUUUGAUUCCGCCGCAUCCUUGCUUUCCAUUGCUUGUACGCCCCCCGACAUGGCUCGGGGUGCACCCGCCACUUAUGCUCAAAUCUUGCCAAACUUGCAGCCUGUCACAAAUGACGCUGAGUGUCUGGCUCGAUGACAGAGGCCGUGACGGUUGGUGAGGAUGAAUCACGCCCACCGGGGCCCCUGAUUGCGUUUCUCCGGUGCUGCACGGCAGUAAGAUGGAGAUGAGCAGGUUAACCGAGUCAGCGGCGCCGUUGAUUUUCGCAGGCCCUCAGUCAUGAAAUGGCGUUGAGCGACAGUAACGCCGCCAAAAUACCCAGCGCCCAACACCAGAGUGCGGUGAGGGACAAACAUGUAAUCUGAACAGCCAGUGCACACCUGUCAUGUGUCAAGUGCAGGACGGCUGCUAUCGAAAGCGCAAACAAGAGCCUCGUUGGUCUAGUAUCAGUUUGUGCUUAUCCGAAGAACAGCCAUCGAACAGGCCAGCUAAAGACAGACUGUUGGCACCGUCCCGACUCUCGGGAACCGUUAGAUCCAGUGUGCUAUUUACAGCCAACUGCGCCGGUAGUUGCUUGGUCCAGCACACAGCUGUCGCCUUCAGGCGCCUGCAUACGACAGUCAUGGGGACAUGGGGGAGGGGUGUUGCCAGCCACUCCCCGCAGCUGCCCAUAUUUCCCAAAUGAUGUGCGCGUACGUACGAGGGGCAGUGAAUUGAGUCGGGCGUUGCCAAGAGGCAAACGAAGAAAUGAGCCAACGGUGAGCGCAUCAGGACGAGCACGAUUGUAAGUCCGGCCUAACGGGCCCUCGCCGCGAAAGAGACCAAGUCCCUUUGGGUUCAGCGUCCGCCGUUGACGCUGUCCGAUUUAGGCAAGGUGGUGUUGCCCAUCAGUAAUCCAGAAAUCUGGACCAAGCUUGCGAAGCCGCAAUUUAAUUGGUCCAAACUACGAGAAUUUCUAGAAGCGGUUAGACAAACCGUUUGAUCAACCACAGGAAUGGAUGAGAAAACAACGCCUCCGAAUCACGUGCCCCGGAAAUAUCUUACGCCCGCCGUUACGAAGGGGCGCACCAAUCAUG